AUGCCUACAAAGCCCACCUUCGACUCUCUUCCCCUUCACCCCGAUGGCCCCCGAGGCAACGCCUGGGGUCUCUUUGGAGACAAGGAUCAGAUGGGUAUGUUGAACCUGCUCACCCCGGAAAAUACUGCGGCCGCAGCCAAGGAGAUUGUCGAAGGAGUGCGCGUUUCCACCGAUUGGCCGCUCAAUAGUAUGGCCACGCCGUGCUUUGGGCGGGCGCCAUUUCAGCAUACCAUCAAGAACAAGGCCCCUCGCCCAGUAAAUGAUGAUAUCCUGGUCUUGAACACACAGAGUAGCUCUCAAUGGGAUGGCUUUCGGCACUUUGGGGCCAAGGAUGGAUCCUUUUACAAUGGAUGCUCUCAGCACGAUAUCGAGAGCUCGACUCGGAAUGGAAUCCACGUCUGGGCGGACAACGGCGGUAUCGUCGGACGUGGAGUGUUGCUCGACUAUGUGACAUGGGCCGAGGCUAAGGGAAAGCCCGUCAACUGCUUCGAGGCCCAGUCAAUCCCACUCGAUGAUCUGCUGGAGGUGGCGGCUAGUCAGAAGACAACCUUUCGCCCCGGUGACAUCUUGUUCAUCCGGACCGGCUGGACCCGUGCGUACGAGAAGCUCUCCCAGGCGGAGUGCGAGCAACUUGCCAACUACGCGGCACCUCCAGUGAUCGGAGUCAAGUCAUCGGAGGCCAUUCUUCGCUGGAUCUGGGAGAAUGGGUUUGCCGCCGUUGCCGGUGACCAGCCUGCAUUUGAGGCGUACCCAUGCCAGAAUUCCGACUUCUUCCUGCAUGAGUGGCUGCUUGCAGGGUGGGGAGUGCCAAUCGGCGAGCUCUUCGACUUGGAGCGACUCAGUCGGGAAUGUCGUCAGCGUGGAAGAUAUACCUUUUUCUUCAGCAGUGUUCCAAUAAAGGACCGUCAGGUUCAUCGGUCCAUGGUAGCAUGCAAUCGAUGUCGCAAUCGCAAAACUCGAUGCGCCGGUAGCCCACCUCUUCCUUGCGCUGCAUGCCUUGAUGUCGAUCAGCCGUGUAUCUAUUCAGAGGCCGAGAAACGCGUCUCCAUCACUGAGAGUUACUUUCGUCAAUUGCAAUCGCAGGUUCGCACACCCCGUACCCCCAAUGGCGCGAAUACCUAUUCCUCGAAGACCCCGGACAUCUCCAAUACACCCGAAGAGCUCAAGGUUGGCUCUCCUCCCAGUCGACCGACCCCGUCGAGCGUGCCAUCCACCGCUACUCGAGGUUCGGAAAGCGAGAUCCUGCCGUUGGAGCGAGAUGACUGGUGGUAUAAGGGGACAGACAACCUGUUCUUGAAUCGAUCUGGAGAACAUCACUUUGUGGGCGCAUCAUCGACCACCCAUUUGGCUAAGCGUUUAAAUCCGACAUCAUCGAACCUGGCUUGGGAUGUGCGCCCGCUUUAUGAUGAUCCGUCAUCACUAAGACGACCGGUCGCGGGCGCUCUGCCCCAACUCCCACCCUUUGACUUUGCGAAGCGCCUAUUCUGGGUACAAUAUGCCUAUAUCGGCACCAUCUUCUCCCUGAUCCAUCCGAAAGAAUUUGAAGAACGUCUUGAUUUUGUCUACCACCAGCCGCCUGACUUCUCCCACCGGGAAACAUGCCUCGUCUACUGCCAAUCCCUUUUGGUUAUUGCGUUCGGCUUGAUGUAUUCGGUCAACCAGUGGUCUGGCGAUGAUGGACCACCAGGAUUCAAGUAUUUCAAACAUGCUCUGCGAUUCUUGCCCGAUAUAUACGAAGAGGGCUCGAUCUUUUUCGUCGAGGUGCUGUGCUAUGUAGCAUAUUAUAUGCAGAACCUCAACCGCAGAGACGCCGCUUUUCUCUAUAUCGGACUCGCUCUCCGCAUGGCUAUUUCACUAGGUCUUCACCAAGAAGUGUCCGACCAAGACAUUACCCCGACAGACCGCAAUCGCCGACGGCGAGCUUGGUGGUCGGUUUAUAGUCUGGACCGAAUCCUGUCGGUCAAAUCCGGAAACCCCAUCACCAUCCACGACGAAGAUAUUGGAAUCACCUGGCCGGCUGCAUUGGAUGGGUCAACCUCAGACCCCUGGCCGGGAAUUGUCUUAACUCACUACACACAGCUCUCUCGAAUCUUGGGACGAAUUGGUGAAGAGAUUUAUCGAAAGAAACCUCGCUCCGGGUCGAACCUCAUCAUGUCUGUUCAAAGUAUGACAAAUGACCUCUCCGGCUGGUUGCGACAAGUGCCCGAUCGCCUUCGCAUUGAUUUUACUACCCUCGAUAGUCCCAUCAACCGAGAAUCGGUUUCUAUAAACUUGCAUUUCUAUUCAUGCGUGAACAUGACCGCCCGCCCGCUAGUGUUCUAUGUCAUCCAGCGAAGACUAGAUGCUGGGAUGCUGGGUGCUUCCGCUGAAGACUGGAAAGAAGGAUUGGCUCCGAACACAGUCGCGGUCAUCGAUAGUUGCAUCACCGCUGCCCGUGCCACCACGAUGAUCAUGGAUGCAGCCGCCAAACAAAACUUAGUCGCUACGUAUGGCUAUUUAGAUGGCGAGUAUAUCUUCUCUGCGGCAUUGUUGCUCGUCAUGGUGAAUGCAGCAUUCCCGCAUAAUGAGACUAAUGCGCGGUCAAUGGAGACUGCUCUUACUCUGUUACGAAGUAUGGCCGAUCGCGGUAACGCCUACUUGGGUUCACGCCAUUCCCUUCUUCUGGAAUUACGGGCCUCGAUCGGACCUAAACCCGCCGGAAACGAUCUAGAUGGUUCAAGUGUUGCGCUCGCUCUCCCACCGAGUCCCAACGGUGAACAUGCGACCGGUACUACGACACUGGCAGAUCCUGAGCCUCAUCCCACCGUAGCGACGGAGGAUUGGCAGUCCGACCUACCAUCAUUCCAGGACAUUUCUUUCCAGUUUGAUCUGAAUGAUGACCCGGCACUGUGGGAGGGGGCGUUGAAUCAGAUCGAUAUUGACAUGGAUACCGACUGGAUCGAAAACACCCUGAAGCGUUUAUAA